AUGCACCCAGUUCUUCGCCAUCCCCGCUCGGUCUCUGUCUUGUCCUCGUCCAGCUCCGUCCUGCGGCUUCCAGCCGCCAGCGGGUCGCAGUCCUUCCUCCAGGGAGGUUUCUCUCAUGGCAGGAGAGACUCAGGUGACAGCAACACCAGCACCAGCGCCAGUACCAGCCAGGGGGAAAGCAGCGGCGGGGACAGAGGUUCUCCCAGCAGCAGCACCAGUGCAGAGCGGGAGGACAACCCCAACCUGAGCGUCAGUAUAACCAAACCACUGGUUCUCACUGCCGACACUGCUGGGAUCACAAGACCCCUAGCCCCAAACGCUGACUCAGCCGCGGGUGUUGCUUUCUCCUCCACCUCAGCCACUACCCCCUCCUCCACGCCCACCUACUCCUGCAGCAUGACAGCAGACGUCAGUGGGGUUGCUGCCAGGGCCAUCUUCAGUGGGGGUGCUGCCGGGAGCGUUGGGGGCCCCGGGAUCCGCUUGGCUGGGGUUACCUGUGGUGCAGGGACUAGCAGCGGCGCCUCCUGCUGUUCGUGCUGCUGCUGCUGUAACCACAAGGCCCUGACCCCAUCAGACCACAGAGGUCAGCAUCACAGUGGGGACAGCACCCCCAGUUCGGGGUGUCCUUGGGGCUAUCAGGCACUGUCCAUGGUGCUGCUUUUGGCACAGGGAGGGCUACUAGACAUGUACCUCAUCGCAGUCACCGACCUGUACUGGUGUUCCUGGAUUGCCACCGACCUGGUGGUGGUUGCGGGCUGGGCCAUCUUUUUUGCCAAGAACAGCCAGGGCCGUCGGGGCCGUGCUGGGAGCCACCACCAGCACCACCAUCAUGCCUCGCUGCCCCUGCACCUGCCGGCUGCUUCCAUUGGGGCUACAGCAGGGGCCAAGGCUCACGGUGGCUUUGGGGGCUCCAGAGGUCCAGGGGGUGGUUUAGGGGCGGCUGAGGUGGUGGGCGAGUUUGCCUUCGCCUACCUGGCCUGGCUCAUCUAUUCCAUCGCCUUCACGCCAAAGGUGGUGCUCAUCCUGGGCACGUCCAUCCUGGACCUCAUUGAGCUGCGUGCACCUCUGGGCACCACAGGCUUCCGCCUUACUAUAGCGCUGUCGGUGCCUCUACUCUACAGCUUGGUGCGGGCCAUCACCGAGGUGGGAACUCCCCUGAGCUCAACAGGCCCAUUGAUUCUGCAGCCCCAGCAGCACCACGCCUCGGGAUGUUUCCUAGGCACGUGUUUGGAUCUGCUUGAUAGCUUCACCCUAGUGGAGCUCAUGUUGGAAGGGCGCGUGGCACUUCCCACACACCUUCGCUACUUGCUCAUCAUAGUCUACUUCUUCACCCUCUCCUCGCCUGUGCUUUGGCUGUAUGAGCUCAACAUUGCAGCAACCGCAGCUGCAGCUUUGUCCUGGGACCAAGCUCCUGGACCUGGCAGCUGCAGCCGCCUUCUGCGCCUACUGGGAGGCUGCCUGGUGGACGUGCCCUUGCUGGCAUUGCGAUGCCUCCUAGUGGUGAGCUACCAGCAGCCCCUAUCCAUUUUCAUGCUCAAGAAUCUCUUCUUCCUUGGAUGCCGUGGCCUGGAGGCCCUAGAAGGCUGUUGGGACCCUGAAAGACCAGCUUCUUCCAGUCAGGCCAGAGGGGGCUAUUGUGCUCCGUCCUCUGUCCAGCCUUCACUGCCACCUUCACCACCACCUCAGGGAGGCUCCCAGCUGAGUCACUGUAUUUCAGAGAACAAUGAGGCAGGAGCCCAUGGCUAUGCCACCACCCUAGAUGUGGCCUCCAAGAAUUAA